GAUGGUUUGUUGGUUAAAAAAAUGGUAGUUUAUGUUUUCACAACGUAAUGUUUAUUUGAUAAUCUUAUCUGUAAAUUAUAUACGCAGUUGGUGUGCGCGGUCUUUGAGUGUAAGAUUACGUAUGACGUCAUCCUGACAAGUUUUCAUUUUGACCUUACCAUUUAGCUACACUAGUUGUCGCCGAUUCUAUUGAUGUCAUCGGUGGAGAUUCAAGGUUAAGUUUUGAGGAACGAGUGAAUCGAUUGCGCGUCCCCUUGAAUUUUAAAACGGAACCGUCCCGCCAAACGAGCCCCGAAAACUAUAUCGAAACCCGUUUAAAACGAUGACGAUGCAACAGUACUGUCUCAAGUGGAAUAACCACCAGCCCAAUUUCAUCUCGGUCUUCUCUAGUCUGUUGAAUAGUGAGUCGCUUGUCGAUGUCACACUUUCUGCUGAGGGUAGGCAUGUACAGGCUCAUAAGUUGGUGCUGUCCGCAUGUAGUUCUUAUUUUCAGUCUCUAUUUACAAUGAACCCAUGCCAACACCCGAUUGUAAUUCUAAAAGAUGUAAAAUUCACUGAUUUGAAGGUGAUGGUUGAUUUUAUGUAUUAUGGAGAGGUUAAUGUAUCUCAGGAACAAUUGCCCCACAUUCUUAAAACGGCUGAAAUGUUAAAAAUUAAAGGUCUUGCCGAGGUUCCUAUGGAAUCGUCACUUUCAAGGCAUAAUAACUCUUUAGAUCGAUCUGAAAUGUUACCUACAAAUGAAGGUAAAUGGAGUUCAGAUGGUCAGAGGCAAUCUAUGACACCUUCCCCUUGUCCUUUAUCACCAGGAACUAAGAGGAAACGAUUAAGAAAAUCUUCAACUGGUUCAGGAUCAGGUUCAACAGAACGCGUUUCUGAGGAACAACAAGAUUGUAAUUUAACCUCACCAACAAAUACUAUGUUAGGUACGGUUAUAAAACCAGAUCCAGGGGGGUUUACAACAGAACCUAGUACACCACAACGAAUAAAACAACAUAGUAGUGAUUUGGAGAUUCAUAGGAGUAGUUCUCAUGAAAGUGAAAAUGAACCUACACAUCAAAUCACAUUGCAAAUCCCACAACAAGAUGUAAAUGUACAACACAACAUAGAAUCAUCAGGUUCUUUAGACAUGACGGGACCUUUUUCAUCCUCUUCUCAAACUAUCUCAGAACGUCCAACAAUAACAACCCACGCUCAACUACCGCAACAAUCAAUUCAUCAAAAUCAAUUGGGUACAAAACGAAGUAGAUUUUUGAUACGACAGCCGAGGAUCAAACGCGAAAGUGACCCAAGUCAACCGAUCGAAUCCGACCCGCUCUCUCCUCAUUAUCUAACGGUACCACACGUUCGCGUCGAACGACAAUGUUCAGAUCCUCUUCCGGUACAUUCACCACCCCCUGGAUCGCUUUUGAGUGUUCCUGGAAACGUUUUGGUUAAGCAACACUCUCAUCCGCUACUACCUAGUCAAACACAACAGUCGCAAACUCCUCCUGCUCCGCUACAUAUACAACUUCUCCCUCAAACGCACUCCAGCGAAGGUGAGCGAUCUAUUAGUCCGAUGAUCAUCUUUUCGGAUCCACUGGCGACGUCACCCAAGGAUACCCCAACGAGAUCGGAAAGUUUUCCAACGGAAACGACGGCUACGUUGCGCGUUAGGACGGAUGAAUUACGUAGGAGUGCCUCAUCACCUCAGACUGGAACGCGUUCAAGUCAUUGUCCGGUAAUAAGAGCAGGUGCAGCACUUGGUUGUAAUUAUUGUUGGAACACUGUGGAUACUCACGGGCGAAUAUUACGUCGAAAAACCAAAUAUCACUGUCCGGAGUGUCGAACGAACCUCUGUAUAGUGCCGUGUUUUCAAGAAUACCACGAACGUCAAGCGUCCAAUUUUCAAACGGACCCGAUGUCGUUAACGACAUCGGUAAUGAAGGCGUUCCCGAAGACAUCGUCGAUAUGAUGAUGAGGUUUUGGAUUCGUGGAACUCCUGCCAAAAUUGAUCUGUGGUAAACUUGUGAUUUGACUUUGACCCAUACUACUACUCCCGUAAUUUUUAUUCCGCUACACCUCGAAUAAGUUAACUUAAGGUGCAGAUUAUAUCAAACAAAAAAAAUAUUGGAAACAAAAGAUAUGUUGAUACGUUUAUGUUAUAAACAAGUGAAUUGUAUUAUGUAAUAUUUGGAGUGGAUGAAUUAAUUGAAGGUGAUGUUUUGAACAAUACAUGUAUUUUUUUAUUGUACGCGUUAACUCUUAAACGAAACUAACUUAAUGUACGUAAUGUACUUAGUUAUUUAAUGAGAUUAAAGAAUAUUUUUUUAAAAAAA